AGAGGAUUUGGGAGAAAGACAGAGGAACUUCCUCUUCCGGCUCACCCAGGAGAGGAGGAUGGCGUCGCGGUUGCCUGUUUGGCUGUUUCAGGGGUCGAAGCGGCUCCCGGGAGAAAGUGUGAAAACUCUUCUCCUUCCUCAGCAGAUGAGAAGCAAGGAGAGAAUAACAAGAAAAAAGUUUUGAGUUGGUAAAAAUAGACUAUGUGCAACUCAAGGAAACAUUACAUGAGACGUCAAAGGGGAUAAUUUCCAAAUAAGAACAAGUGGGAAAUACCUGGAAGUCAGUUGGAAGGAAAAAGUAUCUUGGAUAGCUAAAAUAAGCAGGCAUUAAUUAAAACCUUUGAGGAAGGAAAGAGCAGCUUGAAUCAAAGAACCUCCAAGAGAGCAGAUAUAUUUUUUGGCUCCUCAAGAAUCCAAGAAUAUCAGUCUUAGAAAAAACCCACAGACUUCCUAUUGUGGGAAAAACAGACUGCAGAUCACAGCUAAUUAUGCACAAGUGGAUCCAUACAAUGAAAAGACAAAUGUUUGGAGUGCGGCAAAAACUUUAUUCAGAACAGCUUCCUCAUGAUUCAUGGAAAGACCCAUUCCGGAGAAAAACUGUACCAAUUGGUGCUUCCAACAUGGCAAAAGAUUUAGCAUGCAGACCAAUCUAGUGAGACACAAAGGGACUCUCACUGGGGAGAAAGUCUUUGAAUGUCCUGAUUGUGGAAAAUGUUUCACACGGAAUUAUCACCUGGUGAUACACCAGAGGAUUCACACAGGAGAGAAACCGUAUGAGUGUCCAGAAUGCGGGAAAAGUUUCAAUCAGAAUUCCAACCUGGUGAUACACCAGAGGACACACACAGGAGAGAAACCAUAUGUCUGUCAGGAUUGUGGGAAACGUUUCCGUCAGAAUUCCAACCUGGUGAUACACCAGAGGACUCACACAGGAGAGAAACCAUAUGUGUGUCAAGAUUGUGGGAAAGGUUUCAUUCGAAAUUCUGACCUGGUGAUACACCACAACACUCAUACAGGGGAGAAAGUGUAUGUGUGCACACGUUGUGGGAAAAAUUUCAUUCGGAAUUCUGAUCUAGUAGUACACCAGAGGACUCACACAGGAGAAAAACCAUAUAAGUGUCCAGACUGUGGGAAAAGCUUUAGUCGGCCUUCCCACCUGGUGAUACACCAGAAGACUCACACAGGACAAAAACCAUACAAGUGUCUGGAUUGUGGAAAAAGUUUCAGGCGGAAUUCUGACCUGGCGAUACACCAGAGAAUUCACACUGGGGAGAAACCGUAUGAGUGUCCAGAUUGUGGGAAACAUUUCACUCGAAAUUCUGACUUGGUGAUACACCAGAGGACUCACACAGGAGAGAAACCGUAUGAGUGUCUGUAUUGUGAGAAAAGUUUCAGUCAGAACUCUUACUUGGUGAUACACCAGAGAAUUCAUACAGGAGAGAAACCGUAUGAAUGUCUAGAUUGUGGUAAAAGUUUCCCUGGACAUUCCAACUUGAUGAUACACCAGAGGAUUCACACAGGAAGCAAACUGUAUGAAUGUCCAGAUUGUGGGAAACGUUUGAGUCGGAAUUCUGAUCUGAUGAUACAUCAGAGGACGCACACCGGAGAGAAACCAUAUGAUUGUCUAGAGUGUGGGAAAAGCUUCAGUACUAGAUCGAAUCUUACCAGCCAUAUGAAGUUGCACACAGGAGAGAAACCCUACAAGUGUCCAGACUGUGGGAAAAGUUUUAGUUGGAAAUCUGGCUUGGUGACCCACCAAAGGAUUCAUACAGGGGAGAAACCAUAUGAGUGUCCUGAUUGUGGGAAAGGUUUCAGUGCUAGGUCUAGCCUUAUAAAUCAUGUAGGUUUACAUACAGGAGAGAAACCAUUCAAAUGUACAGAGUGUGGACGAUUCUUCACACAAAAUUCCUCCCUUGCUAUACAUAAGAAAAUCCACUUGGUGCAGAAAGUGAUGGACAUAGAGAAGACAAACAGCUCCCUCAGGGAAACAUCCACACCGGAGAGAAGGCCUACCAUUGUUCCCAAUGUGGCAAAAGCUUUAGCAUGCCAUACCACUCUGGUGAGACACAAGAGGACUCCCACUGGGGAGAAACCCUUUGAAUGUCCUGAUUGUGGGAAAAGUUUCACUCGGAAUUCACACCUGGUGAUACACCAGAGGACUCACACUGGAGAGAAACUAUAUAAGUGUCCUGAUUGUGGAAAAACUUAUACUUCGAAGUCUGACCUGGUGAAACAUCAAAGGACUCACACAAGAGAGAGAUUGUAUGAGUGUCCGCAUUGUGCAAAAAGUUUUAGUCGGACUUCCAAACUGAUGGUACACCAGAGAACUCACACAGGAGAGAAACCAUAUGAGUAUCUUUAUUGUGGGAACAGUUUUAGUCAGAAUUCCAACCUUGUGAUGCACCAGAGGGCUCACAUGGGAGAGAAACCAUAUGAGUGUCUUUAUUGUGGGAAAAGUUUCAGUCAGAAUGCCAACCUUGUGAUGCACCAGAGGACUCACACAGGAGAGAAACCAUAUGAGUGUCUUUAUUGUGGGAAAAGUUUCAGUCAGAAUGCCAACCUUGUGAUGCACCAGAGAACUCACACAGGAGAGAAACCAUAUGAGUGUCUUUAUUGUGGGAGAAGUUUCAGUCAGAAUGCCAACCUUGUGAUGCACCAGAGGACUCACACAGGAGAGAAACCAUAUGAAUGUCUUUAUUGUGGGAAAAGUUUCAAUUGGAAUUCCGAAUUGUUGAUACAUCAGAGGAUUCACACAGGAGAAAAACCAUAUGAAUGCUUGGAUUGUGGGAAAAGUUUCAGUCGAAAUUCCCACCUGGUGGAACACCAGAGAAUUCACACAGGAGAGAAACCAUAUAAGUGUCCAGAUUGUGGGAAAGCUUUCUCCUGGAAUUCUAAUCUGGUGGUACACCAAAGAACUCACACAGGCAACAAACCAUAUCAGUGUGUGGAUUGUGGUAAAAGUUUCCAUUGGAAUUCUGCCCUAGUGAUACACCAGAGAACUCACACAGGAGAAAAACCAUAUGAAUGUCUGGAGUGUGGGAAAAGUUUUAUUCGAAAUUCUGACUUGGUGAUACAUCAGAGGACUCACACAGGAGAGAAACCGUAUGAGUGUCCGGAUUGUGGGAAAAGUUUUAGUAAGAAUUUUAAUCUGGUGGUACACCAGAGCACUCACACAGGAGAUAAACCAUAUGAGUGUCCGGACUGUGGGAAACUUUUCACUCAGAAUUCCAAUCUUGUGAUACAUCAGAGGACUCACACAGGAGAGGAACCAUAUGAGUGUCCAGAUUGUGGGAAGAGUUUCAAGCAGAAUUCCAAUCUUCUGAUACACCAGAAGACACACACAGGAGAGAAACCAUAUGAGUGUCAGGAUUGUGGGAAAAGCUUCAGUAGGAAUUUCAAUCUGGUGAUACACCAGAGAACUCAUACAGGAGAAAAACCAUAUAAGUGUCCUGAUUGUGGGAAAGGUUUCUGUCGGAAUUAUCACCUGGUAGUACACCAGAGAACUCAUACAGGUAAGAAACCAUAUCAUUGUCGGGAUUGUGGUAAAAGUUUCCAUUGGAAUUCCGCCCUCGUGAUACACCAGAGGACUCACACAGGAGAAAAACCAUAUGAGUGUCUGGAAUGUGGGAAAAAUUUCAGUACUAGGUCUAGCCUUGUAAAUCAUGUAAGGUUACACAUAGGGGGAAAACCAUUUUAAUGUCUAGAUUGCUGACUGUUUCACACCAGAAGUCAUCGCUUAUCGUACAGAAGAAAUUCCAUGAGGCAUAAUUUAAAUAUCAUUUCUGAUCACUCAUUGCAAGCUCAGCUGAAAAAUUCGCUAUUUCAAUUUGCCUGAUUCUUUUUAUUAGAUAUCUUUUAGUGUUAAACCUGAAGAGGAGAUCUGAGUUGGGAGGUUCAAGCCCUUUCUGAGCUUCCUUUCUCCAGCACAGUGAAAUUGUUCCCUUCCACACACACAGGACAGGUGAAGAAGGCCUAUUAUGGUGGGCUGGCAAAAAAAAAAACCCAAAAACAAUAACUGCCCAGCAAAGGAAUUCCCUUUUGCACAUAGAGAGGAACUGCCUGCCCUCUUUUGCAGGCUGCUGUUUCACUCUGUCCGCUUGAUGACCUGCAUGGUCUGUUAGUGAUUGCAACUUGGGAGGGGGCAGGAUUCCGGCUGUCGAGAGAGGAGAUCACAUGGGCAUCUUGCUUUACAACCACAGAGACUUAGGACCAAAAUUUCGGCCCCCAUUGUGGUUGUCAGUCAACCAUCCCCUAUAUUCUAUGCAGCAAAGUGGAAAGUCUCAACUUUAACCGCAAUGGAGGAACGGUUGGCGAAGAUGAUGGACUUCCUUGAGAUGAAUGAUUGACUUCCUCAAUCGGAGAAAAGACCUUCUCUACAUUCAGUGCUGACUGGAAGCUCUUCAGAGAGUUGUGUGAAACAGAAGAAAAAUGAAGUUAUGACUUACAGUUUUGAUUGUUAAAAAAACAGGUAAUAAAAAGAAGUUUUUUUGA